UUUUGGGGCACAGUUACUCUGCAAACUUCGAAGCGUACGGUUGUCGAGAAAAGUCGGUCGCGUUUGCGUUUCUCUUUCUCCUCGAUUUUCAGCACUCUUCUCGCACACACAGACAGGAAAAAGGAGGCGUAGGGAGAGGCGUGGGAGUGUGUUUUAGUGGGAGAGACAACCAGCCGACUUUCGCUCGAAUUUUCUCGUAUUCCUGUGUACAUUUGUUAUUGUAUUACCGUAUAUAUCCCACUGUAUACCGUUCGACUGCCACUACUGCUGCUGCUGUUUGUGUGUGUGUGUGUUUUUUUCUGCGAAUUUCUCUUCCCCCCGCCCGAGGAAUACGUCAAAAGCUGACUCGUAUAUACGCUGCAAAAGUGUAUAUUAAAAUCUAAAUCGAGAGCCGGAUAAAAGCAAUCCAAAGAUGUCCGACAACUGCCCCAAGUGCAAAAAAUCAAUUGGAGCGAAGGACGCGGCGUCCACGAGCAUCGGGUGCAGUGGCGACGACUGCCGCAGGAGGUUCCACCGCACGUGCGUCAACAUCGACGACGCCUUGUUCGAAGCCAUCCAGAAGAACCCGAUGGUCUCGUUCCACUGCGACGAGUGCAAAAAUCAAUCGCCUCGUGCCCUCGCCUCCAAGCUGCAGACCAUCGAGGAGAAGGUGAACAAGGUGUGCAACGGGGUCAACCAGAUCCAGGGACGGAUGUACCAGCAGUACUUCCAGUUCGGCAACCAGCCCCUCCAGGCUCUGGGUGUCGGAUCCGGCGGCGUUGCCGGUGGCGGUGGCACCGGUCUCGACGGCAAGAAGCACCCCCAGCAGAAUAAUCUCAUCGUGGUCGGCAACAAUUGCAACUCGGACAGGCUUCAAGUGGUCUGCGACUACGGGCGGUGGGUGCAGGUGGGCAAGUUCGCCACCAAUACCAGCGAGGAGGAUGUCGUUGAUCAUCUGGCCGAGGAGCUGAAGAUCAACAAGAACCUGGUCAAGUGCACCAAGCUGGUGAAGAACGACGCCAAUCUGUCCCAGCUGUCGUACUGCAAGUUCAAGAUCUCCAUACCGGACUACCGCUUCAACGAGCUCUUCAACGAGGCGAUCUGGCCCAGCGGUGUGAUGGUCUCUCCCUUCACCCCGCGCUCCCAGCUGAACCAGAACCGCCUCUAGAGGGACGGGCCCGGCGGCCGGGAGAACGGUGACCGGGCCAGGGUGAAGCAGUAAAGGAGGGGGAGCAGCCGGAUGAUAAGUGCCCAAAGCGAGAGAAGAGCGCCUGCGCGGGUAGAGGAGAGGAGAGCAACUGCAUCGAGUAGGGUUGCUAUUCGGUUUAUUUCAGAAUAAAAGAUGAAAAAAAACACCACUAUACUGCCCCCAGCGCAUCCAAAACAACACUGUCACUUUGGGGCUCAGUGGAGAACGUGGGGGGACUUGGGAGGAUUGGGGGGCUUGCUUAGUUUCAUAUGAUACUCCGGUAUUAUGUGAGACCCCCGGCCCGACAACCCUCCAAAACAUUGUAUGCAAAUUUUGGGCACUCGAAAAACAUUGUCUAGAUCUUUAAAAGCUUACAGAAACCUAACUAAUGGAAAACCUACAAGCAUAUUUAUUGAAUUAACUUUGAAAAUGCAUUUUAAAAUGUUUUAGCGUUGCGUAAAAAUAACGAAAAUGAAAUCGAUAAACAAAACCAAAAGUAUUUUAAUGGCAAAACUCACAAUUUAAAAUAGAUGUGAAGCAAAAAAUAUUAGUCAUUUAUGCAUAACUGUCGUACUUAAUGAAUUAAAGUAAACUGAAAACCAAAAAACUAAGCGUAUUUAACAAGCAAAAAACACACAAAAAACCCAAUAAAUGUAUCACACACUGAGAUUGAAAUUGAUUAUUCAGGCGCGUAUUUAAAUCGUUUAUUAUUCAAUUUAAUUAUAGACCAGACAUCAGAAAAAAGGAAAUUUCUCCACCCCUCCUAAAUACAUUUAUAUUUUCCAAUACUAAUAACUCGCAAAUUUCGGCGAGGGUUUUUCCAAAAUUUAAACAGAUCCCAGAUCUAUAUAAAACCAAUGUAUUUUCCUCGUGAAAAAUCGGUAGAAAGUUUUUAUAUAUAUUGCGUGUGUGCGAUAUCUAUCACAUUAAGUACUUAACCGUAACCAAGUAUCAAAAAAAAAACCAAGUAUAUUCAAGCAGAGCGAAAACGACGGCUUAUAUUGUAUUCGUAUUCGUAUAUGUAUGUAGUUUGAGGCAUUUUCAAAGCUUGUUCCUGUUCCCAAAACCAAAAAGUUUGGACAUUUUGCGAACCAACGCAGGCCAGACCAUUCACAUUUAAUGAACGGAAAUAUAUGUAUUCGAGCAUUCGUCCGGCAGGCGUAUUUAAAAGAUAAACUCAAAUCUAGAGUGGACUAUAUUGCAAAAUCCACAUUACAAUUUUACCACAAAAACCAGUUAAACAAUAAAUCGUGUUCGAUAUAAAACUGCGACUCUCCGGAGUUCGUUGUGUUUGAGGGUUUAGCCAGACGCGCGGGAUUUUUGAAAUUCAAAACAAUCCAUGACACGAAGCGGGGCGAAUCUGUUGCAAUAAUAACUCAAUGAUCGAGUAUAAUGGAUGUACAUUUCGUAAUUGAUAUAUUUUUUUAAUGCGAACCCGCGUCGCUACCACAUCAAUCCAUAAGACAGCAAUAUUUUCCGUGGCGAUGCCAAGAGAUCCGAACAGAAAACCAUAGAUAUUUAUGCAAGAGUCAGCAAACGAAAUGUAAAACACAUAUAUUAUAUAUUUAGUAUACAACCAAUAUGCAUGCAUGUAUUUAUGUCAACUUUUUCAAUAAAUUCUACAAAAAGAAAACUACAAACUAAA